GUCACCGCACUAAUUAAAUGCCAUCUGGGUGGUUCCUCCGGGUUUUUGAGUCCAUCACCCAGUUCAGACCAAGGCAGAAGCCAAGGAGGAGAACAUGAUGAUGGACCUUUUUGAAACUGGCUCCUAUUUCUUCUACUUGGAUGGGGAAAACGUUACUCUGCAGCCUCUAGAAGUGGCAGAGGGCUCUCCUUUGUAUCCAGGGAGUGAUGGGACCCUGUCCCCCUGCCAGGACCAAAUACCCCCGGAAGCCGGGAGCGACAGCAGCGGGGAGGAACACGUACUGGCGCCCCCCGGCCUGCAGCCUCCCCACUGCCCCGGCCAAUGUCUGAUCUGGGCUUGUAAGACCUGCAAGAGAAAAUCUGCCCCCACCGACCGGCGGAAAGCUGCCACCCUGCGGGAGAGGAGGCGGCUCAAGAAAAUCAACGAGGCCUUCGAGGCCCUAAAGCGGAGGACUGUGGCCAACCCCAACCAGAGGCUGCCCAAGGUGGAGAUUCUACGGAGCGCCAUCAGCUACAUUGAGCGGCUGCAGGACCUGCUGCACAGACUGGACCAGCAGGAGAAGAUGCAGGAGCUAGGGGUGGACCCCUUCAGCUACAGACCCAAGCAAGAAAUUCUUGAGGGCGCGGAUUUCCUGCGCACCUGCAGCUCCCAGUGGCCAAGUGUUUCGGAUCAUUCCAGGGGGCUCGUGAUAACGGCUAAAGAAGGAGGAACAAGCGUGGACUCAUCUGCCUCGAGUAGCCUCCGAUGCCUCUCUUCUAUCGUGGACAGCAUUUCCUCCGAGGAGCGCAAACUCCCCUGUGCGGAGGAGGUGGUGGAGAAGUAACGCCCGGCCGGCGCUUGGGACCCUCUCCACGCGGCAGGAAGAUCCCUCCCACCUGCCUUCCCCUAAUCCUUUAGGUUAGGGCGCAUUGCAUUCAUGUUUAGGAACCCAGGGAAGGAGCCAUCUUCACAAAGAAAGUGUUGUGCACGCUCAUAUACAAAAGCCUUUCCGCUGUGGGCUUUUAAUUUUUUUGGAACCGCGACCGGCUUAGGUCUAGCGCCCUUUGUUCUCGUGUUUGAUUUUGUAAUAUAUUAACUUUUAUUACGGUGAUCCUUUCGUGCCAGAUUGAAAAGAAGUUCAUUCCUGUCUAAAGCAAAGUGGGAAAGUUGUGUUUCAUCUUAGUGGUAUUUACUGUAUUUUUGUAAAUAGUCUUAGUACUUUCAUUUUUUAUGUAAAUCUAAGUAUAUUUUAACUGUGGAAUGAUGUAUAUAAAAUGUGUGAGGAUCCUGGUGUUGUCAUAUUAAAACUGAGUUUCUACAUGAA